AUGGAGGAACCAAAGGUCCACAUUGUACGGGUCUCUCCUGCAACCCCAGAUGGCGAAGAUAUCAUUUCAGUCGUGCCAGAUGCCAAGGGCAUGUCCAAUGAAGAAAUGCAAGCAGUUGCCUCAAGCCAAGGCCACACCACUGGGUUCGUCUUCCCCGCACCCGCAGCCUUCGAUUUUUGCCACUUUGAGAUCCGCUUCUGGACCCGACACUACGAAUUAGAGAGGUGCACCCAUGGCAUGAUAGGAACUGUGUGGCUGCUGUCAAAGCUUGGCUUGACACCACGAGACUACCUCCACAUCGUGACCAAGGGCGGCGGUCUCAUGGAAGCAAGGAUCACGAAGGCUCCAGAAAAUACAGACAUCACAGUGAUCUGGGACAUCUGGGUUGAAGUCUCCCACCCGAAGUGUACAUUCAUGGAUGUUGUGAGUGUGAAACAUACUGACGCCAUACUAUCUGAACUGGAUAUUUCGGGAGAUGAAAUACCACGCGGAUUACAAGUUCGCAAUGCUGGCAUUAACAGGGUGAAGACGCUGCUUCCACUCAAAUCACUUGAGGUAUUGAAUUCUUUGGAGAUGGAAUAUCGUCGCGCCAAGAAGCUUUGUGAGAAGGUUAAAAGUACUGGUUUGUGCGCAUAUGUCAUCGUCGAUCGCGAACUGCAGUUGUAUGAAGCGAGGGAGUUCCCUAGAGAUUUUGGAUCUUGGGAGGAUACUGCGACUGCUUUAGCUUUUGCGCUGUUGUUCAAUGACUGCCUCCCCAACCCCAAGAACACAAUGAGGAUUAUGCAGAAUUGGGGUAGGGGCCGUCGUGGUGAGGUCAAUUUGAGGUUCUGGACAUCGUGGGAUGAGGUCGUUGGCUGUUGGAUUGGAGGCUUUGCCAAGUUUGAGACUGGGAAGAAAGAGACUGAAAAGGCGACGACCGAGGAGGCUGAUACUUGGUAG